AAUAUGACCUAAAUGGUAUGAACUUUGACUUCUAACCUUGGCACCUCCACGAACAAUUCCACAUACCAUGGAAUUUUGACAAUCUUGGACUAUCACAGAAACUGCAAUCAAAGGUUAGUAGAAAGCUGGGCUGGUUUUAGUUCUCCGCAUCGAAGCCCUGUGCUUUAAAUGUGCAGGCUAUGUAAGGAACAAGACGGAUGAGCAGAUGCUCCUCUCGAUGUACAGUAUUAAUCACGAGAGCUCCAAAUGAAGAAGGUGGCAGCUUCUCCUAAUGUACUAUGGUAACACGUGUAUUCUUUUGCAGGCACCCUCCAGGGGAAAAGCAAUGAUGGAUCUACCAACUGCCUGUAUCGUGUGCCUCGCUUUUUGUCAAUUUGUUGCUGCUGCAGCUCAAGGUGUGACCUGCAAGGCUGGCUGCCAUCCUAAAAAUGGAUUUUGUGAGCAUCCUGGAGAAUGCAGAUGUCUUGCUGGCUGGAAAGGACAGUUUUGCAAUCAAUGCAUUUCAUUUCCCGGGUGUUUGCACGGCAGCUGCACUGAACCAUGGCAAUGCGUUUGUGAAGAAGGAUGGAUCGGUGCCCUUUGUGAUAUCGAUAUUCAUCCUUGUGCUGCUAAACCCUGUUCCAGCAGUUCUACCUGUAUUGAAACUGGAGAUGGUGGAUACAUAUGCCUGUGUGCCCCAGGAUUCACGGGGCAGAACUGCCUUCUCAAAAAAGGACCAUGCCUUGCAAAUGGGUCUCCCUGUCAGAAUGGAGGGACAUGCUUUGAUAACAAUGGAUAUGCAUCUCUUGCCACCUGUCGAUGUCCCCCAGGCUUUACAGGUAAUUAUUGUGAAAUUGGCACAGAUGACUGCAGUCCUAACCCUUGCUUUUAUGGGGACUAUUGUAAGGAUAUUGCAUUAGGCUAUCAAAGUCUUUGUCCAGUGGGAUUCAUGGGUCAGUCUUUCGGUGACCUCAUUCCGCUCUACAGUAGCAAUCUAUGUCAAAAUGGUGGAAUAUGCUAUAAUAAGUCACAAGGUUUUCAAUGUUCAUUUCCUCCUGGGUACACAGGGAACACUUGUGCUGAUGUCGACAAAAACAAGACUGUGAAAGCCGAUACACAAAGUCACAACGUCUCUCCAUACCACAGACCUUUCAAGCAUCAAGGUCACGAAGUUCUAAAGAUCACAGUCAAGGAGACAAUCCACAACAUGGACCCACUUCUCAAAAAGAGCCAAGUUAUUUGCUUCAUUGUGCUGGGUUUGCUUACUUGCCUCAUUGUCCUCAUUACCACAGGAAUUAUAUUUUUGUCCAAAUGCGAAACAUGGUUUGCCAAUGCCAAAUACAGACAUUUGCUGCAAAAGAAAAGGGAUUUCUACAUGAAGUCAAACCGAGAAGGGGACGUUAAAAUCAUAUUUCCAGAAAAAGUUAAGAUCGCAAACUAUAGUAGGAAUUACACUUCUAUUUAAUGUUUAAAACAAUGAACUGAAAUGUGACUUUUCUUUUCUGCACAUUCCUCUUUUGCUGGAGCGGUCUUUAAAUGUGGUAAUUACUAGGAAGUCCAUUCCAAGAAAAUAGUAGAGAGAUGCAUAAUGCAGGACUUUGACCCGAUUCUCACAUAUUUGACUAAGUCUGAUCUUUGGGGGUACCUACUGUAGACAGUCUGGUCAAAGCUGUCCAUCCAAAGACUGUUGUUGACCCCUUAACACCCCUCUCCUGAUGCAGUAUUCAUGUUUAUUGAGAGUGUAUGCUCUUAUUAUGCCGUACUACUCAAUCUAUGGUGACCAUUAUGACUUAACAGUGCACAGUGUAGUUGACCUAGGUCAUGGUAGAAAGACACGUAGCCCUUUACAAUUAACAGACUUCAAGUUCCAUCAUUCACUGAUAGUCGAAGAACAGCCUAGAAGUUUGUAAGAAGUUCUACCAUAAAAACAAACCCCAUUGCUGGAUCAGAUUAAACUGAGUUGCAUUAAAUGUCAGUAUAUCUCUUCAAAGUGCAAAAUCGUGGGUGUAAUUGUGCUGUGUUGUGGUACAACGCUGUAAGAUUAUAGAAUUACAGUAAUGAUGAAUGUA